GUGAAAACUGAAAAGAAAAAUAGAAGCGUAGGUGAGCAAGUAGAAGCAAGUAGAGUCGGAGUGAGAGAGCAAAAGCCCAAGCUCUCUGUGUCAAAGUUGAACGCGAAUUUUCGAAUAAUCCUCGACCCACCGUCGAUCCAGAAACCACCGGGAAGCCACCAUGUCUGGCCUUCCCCGGUCUUCAAGUGCUCCGCUAAAGAAUGGCCUUCCUCCCCAGGAACUCCUUGAUGAUCUCUGCAGUCGGUUUGUUCUAAACGUUCCAAAAGAAGACCUACAAUCAUUUGAGAGGAUUUUAUUUCUAGUGGAGUAUGCUCAUUGGUUUUAUGAAGACAACUCAGUGGAGAAAAAUCCAUCGCUGAAGUCAUUUAAUUUGAAGGAGUUUACUUCUUUAUUGUUUAACAGCUGUGAUGUUCUUAAACCUUAUGUUGCCCAUAUAGACGACAUAUUUAAGGACUUCACUUCUUACAAGGUUAAGGUUCCUGUAACUGGAGCAAUCAUUUUGGAUGAAACCUAUGAAAGGUGCAUACUAGUGAAGGGAUGGAAAGGAUCAAGCUGGAGUUUUCCUCGUGGCAAAAAGAACAAAGACGAGGAAGACCAUGCAUGUGCCAUCAGAGAAGUCCAUGAAGAAACAGGAUUUGAUGUUACUAAACUUCUUAAAAUAGAUGAUUACAUUGAAGUUAUAUUUGGACAGCAAAGGGUGCGACUCUACAUUAUUGCUGGUGUAAGGGAAGAUACAGCCUUUGCACCACUCACCAAAAAGGAGAUCAGUGAAAUUGCAUGGCAUCGGCUGGAUGAUCUUCAGCCAGCAAGUGAUGAUGUGAUAUCCCGUGGUAUCACCGGCCUCAAGCUUUACAUGGUGUCACCUUUUCUGGCAUCGUUGAAGUCAUGGAUCUUUAAACAUCAGCCCCCAACUGCUCCAAGACCUGAUAUGCCUCUGAGAGGAAUCAGUGUGUGGAGAGCAAAAAACAGCUCAAUAGGGAGUAGCAACAUGAUAAUGGAGAGCCAAUCAACUAAACCUGAACCUGAUGUCCAUCCUCCUGACAUAGGACCUGGCAAGAGCUUCAGAAACUUCAGGUUCAAUACUGCUCCAAUCUUACAAGCAAUGGAAGCUGGUUUCUCUGCUUGAAUGCAACUUGCUUCUUGUAAAGUGGUUCAAGUUUCCAUAGCUGGGUUAUUUCCUUGUUUCACUUGUGUCGUGGUAUUCUAUGGAGAUGCCCUCAUUCAGAUGUACAUUGUUUGCACUGGAUUUUCGGGUUUGGGUUUAUGUAUAUUUUGUAAACAAAUGUAUAGAAACCCAUGCUUGCAUAUGCAUUUUCUCCAUAUGUUCAUACUUUGCUUUUACUUAAAUUGCUAAAAGGGAAAAGCUUCAUAUGAAGACUAGUUUUGACAUUGUAAAAGUUGCACUAGGUUUCUGGGCAUAUUUGUAUUAAUGGUUACUUGGUAAAACGUUUAAUUUCCUGUGGAUCCAAUCAUGCUUGUUGAAGUUCAA